GAAAGAGUUAUCCGUGGUUGAAAUUUUAAUAAAUGAAAAUUAUAGUAAUUGGUCGUCUGUGAGAAAAGAGCUCGUGUUUUGAUUUCAAGUCCUAUAAUGGUACCAGUUACAGAAGAUUCGAAUACAAUUUCAGAUGAGGAUUAUCUCGUUUUACGAGCAAAAAACUCUCUUAAAAGUGAUCCGUUUGAGGCGAAGGCAUGGAUGAUAACGGCUAAAACACUGUUCCCAGAUAACUUUGCCGUACAGUUUGAAGCUUAUCAGAUUGAGAAAGCAGCAAAAAAUGUUAAGGAAGCUGCAAAAUGUUUCAGUGCAAUAUUUCAAAAGUUCCAGGAGGAAGCAGAGAUGUGGCAAGAAGUACAAGCUCUGACGACAUCUCUCAGAUCUGAUAUGGCAGAACCUGAUGCUGAUUUCCUGCGAGACAUGUUUUCUCAGAUUCCUUUGGAAGUGCAGCACCAACUGCUUCUUAUGACAGCAGAACACAGUGAGGACACAAUGGAACAUUGUCGUUUGCUUCUUCUCCUGCUUCGACGGUUUCCUCAGACUGUCCCUCAACAUGGGCCAAGACUUGUAGACACCCUCAUGACGGCCGAGAAACAUAGUCAUUAUCAAAAUUCAGUAAACUGCUUCCGAAAAUUGCUUGUGUGUGAUCUACUACCACUUCUAGGGUCAAAUUCAGUUGAUCUACCAUCAAAGCAACUAUUCCGAUUACUACACAAAUCUAUAGAAUUUUACCUGUGCUAUCUCAUGUCACCCAGUAAGGCAAUACAGGAUUUGCCAGAGCUAGAAAGCAGAAUAGAAGAUCCGUGGAAGAACUUGUUUGUAAUUCAAGAAGCAACAGGGAGGAAGCUUGGAUGGGAACUUAGUGCAAUGUUUGGACACUCAUGGAACAAAGAUUUAUACUGGCAAAAGAUCACGCAGUUUCAUCAGGCAUGUGCUUCUGUUGGAGAUGACCAUCCAAACCAUAAGCAACUGCUCUAUUGUAUUACAACAUUCUUUCUGUAUUGUCUGCAUGAAUAUGUAACAACACUGGAUUCAGGUGGUGGUGAGGUACCUCUAGUCUUAGUCGAGGCAUUCUGUGGCGAGUCAGAGGUAGUGAGUGCAUCUGUGUCUGCAAGCACUUCUGGUGCUGGUGAAUCUAAGGUUAAACGCCGAAAGGCGGAAAUUACUGAUGAGUCCUCAGCAUCAACACCAUUGCUUACUGUUGCGAGGCCUGCAAAUAUGGUAGUAGUUCACAAUUUCCUUAUGGCUGUACGAUGCCGGGAUCUGCUUCACAGUUCUGAGAGCUUGGAGAGAGAGUUUACAAAGUUGAGUCAGCACUUGAAGCUUGAUAGUUGGUUAAAUGGAUUCUUAAUUGAUGCUGCACUCUACAAAGGAAGGUUUGAUGAGGCACAGAACAAAAUAGGGAAUAUUACUGCACUGGAUACAGGGAUCAAUGGAAACCUGCGCAGGCAUCUCCGACUAGCCAGCACAUUCUACUGUCAGGGUCUAUUUGCUAGGUCAUUGGAGCAUAUCCUUCAGGUAAUUACAUUAUUGCCUUCAUCCAGUAUGCUGACAUCACUUCCUUCUACACAUCAGUUGACAAAUGUAUUGCUCCAGCCUAGUCAGUCAAACAGACAUCUUCAUUUCCUGCCUUUAACAAGACUGCAGGUUUUGCAGUACUGCAUCAAACUCCUGGUUGCAGCACUUAAACACCAGUGUCUGUCAAAGUUGCAACCAGACAGUGAUUUGGCAAUUGGCCACAUUAUUACACUCCUGCAGUUUGAUUGGCCUCUGGAGGAAGAGUUAAUGACGCAACUGAUGGAACGUAUCCGUCAACGGGGAUCUUUUUCAUACAGCCUCUUUCAGAAUUAUGUAGUGAAUGUGGAUGUCUUAGAAGAAUUCAUGUAUCUCUCAACAGAGCAAGGUGGAGGCAUCAGUCUAGAUGUCAUGCCCUCGGUGCAAAUCACAAGCCAACGCAGAAUUUCAACACGUGGAACAGACAAGGGAGUGAAAGAAGACUUCAAACUGGCCAUGAAGAGACAAGUAGCUAGAAGCGUAGAACCUCUUGACAAUCUGAUAAUAAAAUUUUUAACUUCAGAAAGGGAUCUUUUGUUACAGUCUCUGGAAUAAAAUAUUACUUCAUAGUG